AUGCAAAUAUAUCAAAUUCAUGCAGAAUUUGGUUUGAUAGAGUGGGUGUGUUUGAGAAUUCCUUAUAUGAUAUACAAUGAUCAGUGGAGUACAAUAGGACCAUUUUAUCAUAUGUUAUUUUUUCCAAGGAUGAUAGAUCUUCAGAAUUCGAUACCAAAACAAGAAGAAGAAACGAUAAUUAAACAAGAAUCUGAAGUUCAGAUAGAGAAUAAUUUGAAUAAUAUUGUCCAGGAAAAUAAUUUCGCUGAAGAAAAAUGUUGUGAAGUUAUUAGUAUAGCAGAUCAAAAAGUUGAAAAGAUAAAAGAAGAGGAAGAAGUGAGAGAAAUGUCGAGUUCUAAGCCAAAAAGAAGGCGAGCCAAGAAAAUUGAUAUUAUGAGCAUGGUAAGUAUCAAUUCACAUCAAAAGAGACAGAUACAUUGCUCAGGUUAUGUUUAGAGCGAAUCGGAAAGAUUGAAUAGAAAACGUUGGGGUGCUCGACAAAACACGGCAAAUUAUAAUAUGAGAAAGAAACAUGAGCGUUGUGCUUUGGAAAAUGAAUGUAAAAAUUAUGAAACUGAGCUGAAUCUACUGAUUGGAAAGAAGAAUAAACUGGUGGGUUUGGAUCGAAAAAUUAGAAACGAUUUCAUUUUCAGAAAACAAUAUUCUGUUAUAUCCACGAUUUCAUUCAAAACUACGCUAGAAAAUCAGACACCACAAAGGCUUUGAAUGAUUUUGAGAAAACUGAACAACAUUUCAAUGAAGAAUUUUCACGAAUAAGAGAUCAUCCAGAUUUAAUUGCAUUGAAUAAAAAUUAUGAGAAACUUUUAAAAUCAUACCAUAUUGCUUCCGAAAACGCUGAACAGAAAAUGGUAGGUUGUUAUGACGUGGCAGAAUUUCUUUGAACAGAAUGAAUUUCAAAAAUUCAGAAAAAUCCAAAUACCUAUGGUUCAACGAAAUCACGAGCAAAAAGUGAGCAAGAAAUGGCCAAAAUGAAAUACGAACUGAGGAAAACACAAAUUGUAAGUGCACAAAGAUUCUUUUGAAAUCACAAAUAUCAAUUCCAGGAAAUCGAACACAUGAAACGAUUUUUCCGCUCUAUCGAAAUGUACAAAGAAUUUUUCAAAAACAUUUUCAGCUCGGUAAAAAACACAAUUUCACUUCAGGAAAUGUAUCGAAUGAGAACACACGAACGAGAUUUAUUUGAGACAAUUUUGAGCUUUUUUAAUAUGAGCAAUCCGGAUGCACAUAAAGUUGACAACAGUUAUAUUUUUUGUAUAAUUUUUGCAGGGAAAAUCGAUAAUAGAAAGAUAACACAUUUUUAUCAGCAAAACCUAAUUUCAUCAUUUUUUAGGACAAAGUGUUUUUUGAAGACAAACAUUUGCUGAUAACUAAAUUGCGAAAUAUAUAA